GAUGCUCCCCCCAAAACCUUGAUGAUCGAUGUUUACCUCAACGGAUGACGACACUGAUACGACUUGUUUUUGGAGGCCCCGCUCUAUCCAUAGGAAUCGAGACAAGGAUCUAGUUGUAGUAGAAGAAGUGAAGGGUUUGUGCAAGAGAAGACAAAUGGAUGAUACGAUUGAAUGUUGGGAUCAGCCACACGUAAGUCUAGGUAGACAUCUCUGCUCUUCAUUUGUGCGCUAUAUAUUUUUACCAUUCGUGUCGACUCGCCUUCGAAAACCAAACCCUAGAACCCGGGCCGCCGCCGCCGCAGGUCCUCACUGGCACUGCUCGCCGCGCGUUGUAGUGGAGACGUCUAACCUCCUCGCAAGCUUCUCGUCUCCGGUAACCAUGGACCGUUGUCCGUAUUUGAUACAUAGCCCACUUUCCUCGUGCCAAGCAGGGUAUCGACCUAGUCGCCGCCGGCCGGAACGAGAAGACCGAGCGCACUGCAUACCUCAAGCUCCUCCUCAAGGUACUUUCUAUCCUGGCCCCUAUCUGAUGGCACCAGCAUACGCCUCACUGUUCCUGGCUCGGAUCUGGAUUCGGCCGCUAUCGAGUGAGUCCCGCCCCCCUGAUCUGUGCGUGUGUUGUCGCAGCUGUACCGCUUCAACGCCGUGA